AUGGGGUGGAUGCCUACCGCCGCCAUGCUGCUUGUGCAGAUUGGCUUCACCGGUAUGAACCUGAUGUGCAAGAUGUCGCUGGACAACGGCAUGAGCCCCUACGUGCUCAUCGCCUACCGCAGCCUUAUGGCCGCGGGCUUCCUCGCUCCGUUCGCCCUCUUCUUCCAGAGGAAUAUGUGGAUGCUGAUCAACAAGCAGGUAGCUUUCCAGAUAUUCGUCUCCUCCUUUCUUGGCAUGACCGUGAGCGAGCUCCUCUUCUUCGUGGGCUUCAAGUCCACCAGCCCGACCGUGGCCUGCGCGAUCGGCAACAUGGUCCCAGCGCUGACCUUCGUCCUAGCCGCGGCGCUCUUCUUCGGUAUCGUCGGCUGGGGGAUCACGUUUGCGGUGAUGAGAUGGUGCAUUCAGGUGCGGGACCCGCUGUUCGUCUCCAUGUUCAGCCCUGUGGCUCUCGUCGUCGUCGGCCUUCUCGGCUGGGCUUUCCUUGACGAGAAGCUCCAUCUAGGAAGUGCUAUUGGCUUGUUUCCCUACCUUCUACUCGAUUGA